AUGGACCUGCCCACAUCACUUCUGACCUGCCUCUGCGGGCUGCCGAACGCGCACCCACACCCCGCUCCAACCACCACCCAGCACAAGCAGUACCGCCUGAUCACCGAGAAACCUCGCUUCGAGCCAGCCCCUUCCACCACCACACCGAACCAUGACUCGAAUAACCAGGAAGGAAAAACCAAGAACCGUGACCAUUCCCAUGACGACGAGCGCGCCACAAAGAUCCUCACCCUAAUCCGCACCGCCCCGUCCCCAACUACCCUCACCAAACAGAUCUCAGAUAAUGUCGGACCGGCGACUAGCUGGAGCGAGUACCUCGCAGAGCGGGUGCUGCGGGGGCUGGAGGAGACGCUGCGAUGGGCCCAGGACCACCAGGCCGACUGGGGCGAGGCGCUGACCGAGGCCUACACGCGCGCGACAGAACUCGCGCAAGAGGAGCUCCGCGAGCUGUGGGACUAUGCCAAGGCCCACCCUGUCGAGGUGGCGGCCGAGGUGCUGCUCACGGUGCUGGCGCUCGGGGUCAUGGCCAGGUUGGUGCCUGGGCUGCUGAGGCUUUUGGGAUUUGCGAGGGAGGGGCCUGUUGCUGGCUCGUUCGCGGCGUGGUGGCAGAGUCUGUACGGUGGGUAUGUGAGAAAGGGAUCGCUGUGGUCGUUUUUGCAGAGGUUGGGCAUGACCUGGGAGUGA